AUGUCUCUGUGGAAGAGAACCAUCUACAAGAGCGUGUGCCUGUCCCUGGCCUUGCUUGUGGCCGUAACGGUAUUCCAGCGCAGUCUGACCCCCAGCCAGUUUCUGCAAGAGCCCCCGCCAGCCUCCCUCAGGCAACAGAAGGCCCAGAAACCCAGCGGACUCCUGGUGAACCCUGACAGCUUCUGGAAGAGCGCGAAGGAGGUGGUCACCCCCACUCCCGUGGUUUCACGGAGGCCCCAGGCCUGGGACGUGAACACCACUAACUGCUCGGCCAAUGUAAACUUAACCCACCAACCCUGGUUCCAGGGCCUGGAGCCACACUUCCAGCAGUUUCUAUUAUAUCGCCACUGCCGCUACUUUCCCAUGCUGCUCAACCAUCCGGAGAAGUGCAGCGGCGAUGUGUACCUGCUGGUGGUCGUCAAGUCCAUCAUCGCGCAGCAUGACCGCCGCGAGGCCAUCCGCCAGACCUGGGGCCGCGAGCAGGAGUCGGCGGGCAGGGGCCGCGGCGCCGUGCGCACUCUCUUCCUGCUGGGCAAGGCCUCCAAGCCAGAGGAGCAGUCCCACUACCAGCAGCUGCUAGCCUACGAGGACCGCAUCUACGGGGACAUCCUGCAAUGGGACUUCCUCGACAGCUUCUUCAACCUGACCCUCAAGGAGAUCCACUUCCUCAAGUGGCUUGACAUCUACUGCCCUGACGUCCGCUUUGUCUUCAAGGGUGAUGACGAUGUCUUCGUCAACCCCACCAACCUGCUGGAAUUUCUGGCCGACCGGCGGCCCCAGGAGGAUCUGUUUGUGGGUGACGUUCUGCAUCACGCCCGGCCCAUCCGCCGGAAGGAUAGCAAGUACUACAUCCCUGGGAUCUUGUACAACCAGAACAGUUACCCGCCCUACGCAGGUGGAGGGGGCUUCCUUAUGGCCGGGGGACUGGCCCAGCGCCUGCACCACAGCUGCGAUACCCUGGAGCUUUACCCCAUCGACGAUGUCUUCCUGGGCAUGUGCCUGGAGGUGCUGGGCGUGCGGCCCAUGGCCCACGAGGGCUUCAAGACUUUCGGCAUCUCCAGGAAUCGCAACAGCCGCAUGAACAAGGAACCCUGCUUCUUCCGCUCCAUGCUUGUCGUGCACAAGCUGCUGCCCACCGAGCUGCUGGCCAUGUGGGAGCUGGUGCAUGGCAACCUCACCUGCUCCCGCAAGCUCCAGGUGCUCUGA